AUGUCCCUUUUGGACUACUGGGACACGCCACGCUCCUCCGUGAAGCGCAGAAAACACGAGACUGACGAAGAAACUACGAGUCAGAGUGAGAGUAGCCAUAGGGAGAGUGAUAAAAGUGUACCAGCAAGUCCGUCGAUAAACACAUUCGAUGCUCUGACUCCAGUUGAGGAUGGUGAAAUCCCCGCUGGAGAUGACGCACCUAUUUCUGGUAGCCAAACGGAGUUAGAAUCUUCACUUCCUGCAAUUCAGACGGAUGAGAAGGCAAUUGAAGAGUAUGAACUAUCCCAUGCCGCAGAGCAGGAUGAGGAACCGGAUCUUCAGGAAAGGCUGCAGAAUGGCAAGUGGCGAAAAGGCAAGAGCUCCAUCUACGUGGAUGCCUUCAAUCUAGCACUGGAAACUGUGCUGGAUGAAGAAGCACAUCUAUUUGAUGAAGCGGAGAUGGAUAUAUUCAGGCAAUGGAAAGAGUUGUCGUAUGAGUCCCAAUAUCUAUAUGUUCGACUCUUCCUACGCAAAACUUCAGCAUGGCAUCGUAUAAAUAGACUUGGUUAUCAUUCAGAUAUCUCAGACUUGCCUGGUGCAGUCGCCGAUCUCCAGCGCACUCGAAUUCUCCACGCCUCUGUGGCAUCAACGCACGGGAAUGCUGCUGCAGACGCGGAGUCAAUUGAUGAAUUACAUCCUAGAGAUCGAUUUAAAUUUGCUGAUGCAACAGAAGAAAUCAAAAACUUAGAAGAAGCAUCGUCGCUGUUACUACUCGAAGAAUUAAAGACCAUCGCAAAAGAAGCAAAGGUCCAAGGCAAGAACAAAAAGGAGCUGCUGGCAGCCCUCCGCCAGUCGAGUCAAACACAGACAGACCUUGAUUGGAAAGGCAAAGGAACAAACACAGUGCAACCCGUCAAUAGGGAUGGCCGUUUUGUUCAGAAGAUCCUCGACUAUACGGGGGAUUGCAUCAGACUUGCUUCAGGGCCCCUUGACCUUUUCGAACGUGUGCAUCUGGUCUUUUACAAAUCUACAGAAUGGUCUGAAAAGUCACUCACCACUAUCAUCCUUGCCAAAAUAUCACGCAAGAAUUUCCCAGACUAUAUCGUGUGUCGCUCCAAUUCGAUAUUCCCGUCUAGAGAGAUUCUACUAGAGUUUGAAUCGGCCUUACGGACACAGUUCGAAAUAGAUAAUAUUCUCGAAUUCAAUGGCACUCCCACUAAUGAACUGUUGCAGCAGAUUAGAGACAUUUGUGACCAAGUCUAUCCUCGGUGGAAGUCAUUGCUCAAACAAGAACAGCAGAAAGAAGAAACCCUCUAUGAAAGUGGAGAGGGUGCCUAUCUACGCCGCUUUUCUCCGGCUUGGGUUUAUACUAGGGUCAUCCAUAAGGGUCUUCACUCACUCGGUCGAUUUAAAGAGUAUAAACAGGAACAUGAAACUCUUACAGAGCUGCUUGACCAACGAUUGUUCCAUGCCGCACGGCGCGGAGCAUGGUAUCAGCGGAAAGCACUUCUGGAAGAGCACUACAUGUGGUCCCUCACUCCAUUCGAAGGGCGAAGUGAGGAAAACCAGAGAAAAUACUGGAAGAGGGUUGCGCUUCGAACUUGCGAGGAAGGCCUGGAAGACCCUGAAUGCCACUUGACCUACCAUUUUGAUUUACAGAAACGUAUCUCAAAGCUCGAAAGAGCACUCAAGGUUGUCAAAAGAGAGCAGCAUGAUUUCGGCCAUGUUAUGUUGGCUAAACCCGAAGAACGUACCAUUGAGGGCAUACGCAUCGAGCGAGAGGAAUCACCUGGCCGCAAUGGACAAAAAACAAACAGCGACACUGCAUCUAAGCGAGGCCGUCCAACUGUUUGGGUUGAUGAAAGAGAGGAUGGAGGCGAAUGUAGAGUUGAAAGUAUGUGUUUGAGCUGGUAUCGAGACCAUGGAUGGAAAGGCUACCAUUCAGAAGGUGGCAUUGUCAGGACCUUGUUUGGCUACCUAUUCUUCGAUAUCCUAUUCACAUACGUACCAAAUGUCUUCCAAACACCCUUCCAAACAUGCCCACUCGAUCUCCACACCGACACCUUCUAUCCCACGCGAGCCUCCGAGAUAAACCACCGUUUAGUAGAAAUAACCAACGGCAACGCCGAAGCCAUAAUCCGGGCCAUUCACGCCCGCGAAUCCCCCAAGCAAACCUGCGCAAUCGGCAUCGACUGGUCUUUCGAACUAGACGACCUGGUCGAGAUUGUGCAAUGCUUCCGUGGAGAAGCACUGGCGACCAUUUGCAAGGUUCUGGCUCAGGAGUACCGCCAGCGUGGUGGGGGGAUUCCGGAUCUGUUUCUUUGGAAUUUGGAGAAGAGGGAAGUCAUGUUUGCGGAGGUGAAGUCGGAGAAUGAUCGGUUGAGUGAUACGCAGAGGUUGUGGAUUCAUGUGCUUGUUGGGGCUGGGGUAAAGGUUGAGCUUUGUAAUGCCGUUGCGAGGGAGGUUAUAAUUGUAUAA